GUGGCACUGCGACCGGUAGUUGUUAAGAAUGAAAUCAAUUAUGCCGACGUUUUUCUAUUCGCUUUUUUCUCGCCGCCUGGUUGGAUGGCCUUGCCUUUUUCGCGCCGUCCGGCCUCAUCAGCUUGGCAGAAUGCUUCCCGUGUUCUGCGCAGUUGCAUUGGUUGGUUGCUUCGUGGAUGCUUCGCGAAGCGCCGCGCCUUGCUCACCACUCCAAGGAGAUAGCCCUAACCAGAACAACUACAAACGCGAUGAACAAAGGGGUCUUCAUUACGUUAAGCGAGUGCACCUGAUCUGGUCGCAGGGACUUGGUGACCGCAAAGACAAUUUGCGACCAGGCCGUUUCUUCGACGUCCAGCCGUUGUUGAGGAAACCGUUAGAGACCUUAGCAGAACGCCUCUCGGAAGUUGGAACGAUUGCAACCAGAGAAAGGCUGCUAUCGGAUUCGGAGGAUCCAGAACUUCCAGGUGGAAAUGAAGGAAGCAGUGCAUCAGUAGAUGUGGAGGAUCAACAAACAUCGGGCGUGGAGGAUGAACAAAGGAAGACGAAGACAUCCGAUGUGGAGGAUCACCUCGAGAAGACUCCAACUAUAAUUCGAUCUGUGGGUCUUGAGGAUCCUCAGAAAAGUUUUCAAACAUCUCUGGAAGCGGAUAUUCAGUGCGGCCUAUUCGGGACAGCCGACCCAGUAAAGAUUUUGCCUCCACAUCUUCUCGUCU